AUGGAAGACGACGACAUGGAUGGAUCGCUUGAUGGAGCUAUGUCCAAGCGUGCGUGCGAUAGUUGCCGAACGCGCAAGAUACGUUGCGAUAGAGGCCUGCCAUGUUCUAACUGCAAGGCGAGUAAAUUGGCUUGCAAGACAACUCCUCCCCAGCAGAAGGCGCAGCGACAAAGGGUCCACAUCUCUGAAGAAUAUGAGAAGAAGAUUGAUCGAAUUGAAGACCGUUUAGCAGGUAUCGAGAAUGUUCUUGCUAGUCUUGCAACGAAGCUUGGCAGUAUAGACCUCCAAAAAGACUCGCAUGAUACCAGCAGCCAGUCGCGGUCGAGUAGGGUUGGUCCUUCCAGAAGUCCAGGAAGUGGUCUCGUCGAUGCCCAUACACCCGCGCCAUUCGAGGGCGAGAGCUCCAUCAACAGCCAGUCUGAUUAUGCUCGAGCGAUGUUGGCCCAAGCUAUUGGGAGCACACCCUCUAUCGGUCAAAACGAAGAAGUCAAGAUGGCGCUUACUGCUCUCGCGGAGAUGGUUUCCCAGCAGGGCCAAAACAACGCGUCUUCCAACCACCUGAUCAACAACUCUCUUGCCGACAUUGACCCUGCAAAUCUAGAGCGCCCACCGUGGGAUACAGCGUGCUACGCCUUGGAAAAGGCUAGUGAAUAUCCAACUAUGGCAUUUGCGGUGGUGUUUCCAUUCUUGCGGAUGGCUAAUCUUAAAGAUAUCUUCUACGAAGCGUAUCAUAACCCAGAAACUUGUAGCGCCGCUCGACGCGUGCUCACUUUUGGCGUUCUGGAGAAUGUCUUCAACGAAUUUCGGGUCUUUCCACUAGUCAAUAUGGACACCACUAACUACUACACAUACGCCACCAUAUGCAGGAGGCAGACAGAAGUGGCCCUAUCGCAGUUGGCUAUAUGCUUGCCAGCAAGCUAUGAGAACAUCAUGGCCUUGGUACUUGGUGCAGCACAAGCGGUUGAGAAGUGCAGACCCUCUCUCUGUUGGACGAUGAUAUCGAGUGCAGCAGGCUUGUGUCAAAGCCUAGGUUACCACCGUAUCAACACAAUGGUGAACGACAACCCGGAAGACCGUCAAACGAAGAUCCAAAUCUUUUGGAUGAUAUACAUGCUCGACAAAACUCUUUCUUUACGCUUGGGUCGCUCAAGCAUCCUCCAGGAUUGGGACAUAUCUCUGCCGUUCGUUGUGUCGAGUAAUCCCGACGACAAGAAUCCCGAAUCAAGCGACAUGCUCUCGUACUGGAUUAAGGUCGCGCGAGUACAGGGUUUGACCUACGAGAAAUUGUUCUGCCCUGCUGCCUUUUUGAAAUCUACCGAAGAGCGCACGCGCAUUGCCAUUGAGCUUGUUAAUGCUCUCAACCAAGCCUGGUACGAACGAGGAGAUGCUUCACUUGUGGAUUUCAGUCAGCCGGGCCAUGCAUUUAGCAUUGGUUCAGAGCGACCGAGCAUGAUAGGUCACACCCCGAAUGAGACACCGCUCCCGUCUCAAUACAAACGCUAUGUACACAAGUCACCUAACAUGGGGCGUGACCCAGGUGUCAGCGAGUACAUUCAAGGCAAGCUCCUCCAUUCCCCUUAUCAAAACCAACUGACUGAUCUGGGAAAAGGUUCUUUUGAGCGUGUUCAAGACAUCUUUUUCUACUCUGAUGUUGUGAUGCACUAUUCAACCGUCGCACUGAUCCAGAGAGCGGUGAGUCCAAGCAACAUGUCAUUCAAUCAGGAAUGUCUCGAGUCUUCACGAGCGGCUCUUGUAGCGCAUAUGAGAGCAAGUGCGCAGUUCAACAAGAAGGGCCAAGAAGAUCUAUGGUCGGGAUAUGUGCACUGGUCGGUUCUUCAGGCGCCCUUCACGCCCUUCAUCGUAUUAUUUUGCAAUGCUAUCCAGAAGGCAGACACAUCCGACGUUGAUUCUGAUAUACACUCCCUCUCAGAAUUUGUCACCAGCCUCGAAUCUUGUCGCACAAUUUCUGAAGGUGCGGAUAAGCUUUAUAAGAUGUGCCAUCUUUUCCUGCGAGUUACCAAGCUUUAUGUAGCGGCUAAAAGACAAGAUGCCGCUUCACGAGUGCGGGGAAUUUCACAGAACAAGCAUUCUGGAUACUAUACAACUGUGGAUGGCACACAACUUGAUCUUAGUACUAUGUCUCAGUUCGAUCCUUAUCUCAGCGCGCUCGGUCUAAUGCCUGACACCGCAUGGCCCACGACUACAUACUCCACCACUCCUGCUUCAGCGAACAUGAAUCCUUUCGGAGAAGCUCAGGCAAUUCACAACGCGAACGAAUCUGGUGUCGGCUUAGGAACAUCACAAGGAAAUCAAAAUCCUAUGCAGGAUUGGUUUUCGGGAUCACGCUAUCUAUUGAAUAUGAUGGAACCGGGCGACGAUUUGCAAAUGCCAGAUCUCGACAUGUGA